AUGGCGUUCCUGGAAAAUCCCUUGAAAACGCGCCUGCUCACUUACUGGGCAACACUAGUGGUUUUUAUUAUAGCUGGUGUUGUCUCAAUUGUUCUAGCGCUCGUGGUACUUCUCGAUCCUAACUUGAAAGGCUCAGGAAUCGUAACACUCCAGGUUGGGAUCGCUGCGCCAAGCCCAGAACUUCGUUUGUUUAAGGACAGUCCUCUUGGCCUUGGAAUACCUCCUCCCAUCGAGACCAUUGCCGCAGGUGCGCCCACGGCGCUUGGUAGCGUGGUUACCGGAGUUCAGAGUGCCGUCGGAUCAGAAGCUUCUGCGGCCCAGAGUGCCAUUCAAAGUGCAGCCGCCGCUGUUGACUCUAUCGAGCUGGGGAACAUCUCAAUCGGCACAGAAAAUCUUUGUUUGGGUUUUAAAAAUGGCAGAGUUGACUGUCGAGGUCUACCAUUGAACAUAUCUUCCAUUCUACCGGAGACGCUUUCCAGCGUACUUGGAGAAAGCCUGGAAACGCUCCAAACCAUUGAGAAUACAUUGGUAUCAGCCAUUCUAGGAACUGUACGACGCUCACUUAUUGCUGGAGUGGUUCUAGUGAUCUCCUGUGCCAUCUUGUCAUUUUUCCACCGAUCUACACAACGUCCAUGGCAAAGAGUAACCAUAAUCUUGGUGAGUAUUGUAUGUCUAAUCACUCCGUUUGUUAUAUCGACUGCUACGGUCCACGUGGUACUAUCAAAGUUUGAGCGGUCCAUCCGCGACCACUUGUCACAAUUCUUCACUACUCAAAAUGGUAGGGUCGGCACUUACUGCACAGCAGCACUAGUGUGUGCAACGGUGAUGACGGUAGCCAGCAUCGGUUUGAUUUUAAUGUGA